GACAGCGCCAGUGCUCGGUGGGGCUCUGGGAAGUUCCCUCGCUUGCCUCUCCCUUCCGCGGCGCGUUGUUCUUGGCUCCUCUCACGUCCUGUAUUUCUCCCCUUUCUUUUGGAUCCCCUCCCCAUUGCCGCCUUUUCUGCAACUCUUAUUGUUACCCUCUCGUCGUGUACUCUUCUUAUUCGCUCGAUUUUGCCCAGCCUAUUCGUUCUUUGAGUAACCAACCAUCCAGAGAGAGUGCUUGCGAGCGGGUCUACUCGUCUGCCGAUUGAACAACCAUGCAAGAAGCGAAGGGAGGAACGUGAAAAGGUGUUCGUCGUUCCGUACCGAAUAAUUAUGGUUCCCGUUAAAGCCUUCGUCCCAGAAAGCAUUACGAAAGUGCGUUGUGGUUUAUGCUGAUCUAUCUUUACUAACGAUAAUAAAGCCAAAUUCGCUUUUAGAAAAUGUUAAUGCAAGUGGAGUGGUCAAUUAAAGAGGCUGACGGAGACCUACCAGAGGAAGAAGUGGAGGUCAACGACAACAGCAUCAGCUGCAUAAGUCAUAGCACCGCUCCUGAGGACUCUCAUCAAAGCCGUGGCGGUGUUGGUGAGCGCGGGGUGAGGUUGGGCGGCAGCGGGAGGACCUAGAUGGCGGGUGUAAGGAAGUGUGCGCGCGUGCCCGCCUCCUCUUCCACCACCCCGCCCGACGAACCAUGGACACGCAAAAUGCACACCCCACCGCCAACACUCAACAGCAACAUCAACAACAACCGAAACCUCUCGUCUUCGCCAAGAUGGAGGCGUUGGUGAGAGAGAUGCAGGACCCUGAGACUGGCGUGCCCAUCCGCAGCCAGAAGCUCUUCCUUACUUCCAUCCCGUCCGCCUUCAUGGGAUAUGACCUCAUCGAAUGGCUUAUGGAGCGCCUGGAAAUCGAAGAUUCAGUCCUAGCCCCAGCUUAUCUGGCAAAAGCCGAGGCCAUCCACCUGGCGAACCUGCUCUGCCAGUAUGGCUACUUCUUCCCUGUGGGAGAGUCACGCUCGCUCAUCGUCAAGGAUGACUCCUCACUCUACAGAUUCCAGACACCGUACUACUGGCCGUCACAGAAUCAUAGUGCAGACACUACUGAUUACGCCAUAUACCUGACCAAGCGGUUGUCCAGGAAUAAACAGAAACAUGGGCUUGAAGACUACGAGAUCGAGGCUUACAACAAGCUCAAAAAGGCGCUUUCCCACAAGUGGGACUUUAUCACCAUGCAGGCGGACGAACAGGUAAAGUUGGCAAAAGACCGCAAAAAGGGGGACAAGAUCGUCACCGACUCGCAGGAAAGGGCGUACUGGAGAGUGUACAGGCCUCCGCCAGGCUUCACCAACUGCCUCGAGACCGCUCCUGUACCUGACAAGACAAAUAUGGCCAACCGUGUGAGGAAGAAAACUGCUGACGAUUUAAAGAAAGAUAACGAGUUUUUAGCAGCAACUUUAGUUCGCACAAGGCAGAAGAUAUCGCAGGCAUCGGAAGCUCUUCUCACUCACUGUGAAACUUAUUUCGAAUACGACCCUAUUCUCACAUCUCCUCAGCCUUCCAACCCGUGGCACUCAGACGUCGACACUUACUGGGCGCAGAAUGACAACUUAGUUGAUAUUCCAACGGAAAAGCGAGUGAGACGAUGGGCAAUAAACAUGGAAGAACUGAUUAAUGACGCUUUAGGCAAAACGGAAUUCACUGCCUACCUGAAAAAGGAGUAUUGUCACGAGAACAUCCGUUUCUGGCAAGCAGUCAAUGAUCUACGGUGGGGUCCAUCUUCCUGCGUCAAUGAAAAAGUUCAAAGCAUUUAUGAGGAAUUCCUAAAGCCUGGUGCCCCUUGUGAAAUUAACAUAGAUGGGAAGACAAUGGAGCAGACGCAGAAUUUGUUGAAGAACCCAAGUCGGUACACAUACGACCUGGCUGCCGAACAUGUCUACAUUCUCUUGCUGAAGAAGGAUUGCUACCCUCGCUUCCUCAGGUCGGAGCAGUACAAGACCCUCCUUGCCAAUGCAGUUCAACCAUUCCAAAGGAAAAGGCCCAACUCCAUGAUGGCCCGCCUCAUGGCCCCUUCUUUGAUGUUGGCCUCUGGCCCAGAUGGCCGGACCACCGGUUUGCAGAUGCUCUUCAUUUUCGGAGGUCAAGGCAAAAAGAAGGUUUCGACGGCCUCGGCCCCCAACAACGUUCUGUCCCAAACGCCCCAACCUUUGAAGCGCCAUGGGUCAGACGACCAAGCCAUGUCCGCCAUGGGCACCGGAAUCCAUACUGGAGACUUGGGCAACUCUGGUAUCCACCAAGGAGGACUCUCUGUUACAGCUAAUAAGCUCGACUGCGAUCCACCAUACAGAGGCGAUCUUCCCAGUGCGAGAUUUGUAGGCCAAAGCAAUACAGUUGGGUUAAACUAUGCUUCUGAGAAGCAUACCCUGGCGCCCAUGGAAAUUUCCCUGAGUAAUACUAACACGAUCUGCCCAUGGGACACAGCUGAGGAACCUACAACUGCCAAUAUUUGUCCUUGGGAAACCAGUGCUCCACCAACAACUCAAAGUCAGCAGCCACAGUUCAGACCUCCAGAACCAAGAUUAAGUCACCCAAAACCCCGCCCUGAUCGCUCAAAGUCAGUAGAUGUCAGUUCUUUGAGUAAAAGAGCUGGAUCAGUAUCGGUCGCACCUUCUUUAGUACCAAUACCAACUGAAAGCCAUCCCACUACAUCUGUUUGCCCGUGGGAAGUUCAAGAGCUACCUAAUCGCACGACAGAGAAGUCAAAGUCUAUUGAUGUAGACGUGUGUCCUUGGGAAACUAGCACUGAAGCAACUAAGAAAGCAUCAACUAGUUCUGCUCCAGGUACUAUGACUGGUGAUACAGCUACUUUGCAGUCAUCAGUCUUACACGCACACCAUGAACAUACAGAAAAACCCCAUAAACCUUCAUCCUCAAGAGAAAGGAUUAGUAAAGAUUCAGCUCGUCCCCCCUGUGAAAGGAAAAUAUCUAUUCAAGUUUGUCCAUGGGAAGAGGUCGAAGAAGAAUCACUCGAAGCUGAAACUCAAAGUACAAGUACCACAGCCAGGUCGCAUCAGCACCCACAGCCAAUGGAUGCAUUGGAGAGGAGAGUAGAAUAUGCCACAAAACCCAAGGAAAAGCAAGUAGUUAUGAAUGUUCUUACCAGCAGUAGUGAAAGUCAAGCAAAACCUGAGAGUUUAGUUUUGCAGACAACCUUAGAACCUAGACCAGGGAUUAGUAGUGAAGGAACCUCAUCACCAUCAUCCACUUGUUCAUCAUCUAGUCAUAGUGACUCCCGCCGUAUUAAAAUAGAUUACACCGUCAGAUCGGGUCACUUACCUGGCCAGUAUGGUCUCCCUAUCAUUUCUGCUCCUACAGCAACUGUGAUCCCAGCAAGUCAGCAGCCCCAGCAUGUUUCUGCUGGUACAACCACCAGCAGCUGUAAUACUAGCACUACCAGUAGCACUAACAGCAGCACAACCAGCAGCCAUCAACCUGCGACCACUACAAGAGCCGAGUCACCGAGGGCAAUGGGUACACUAACAUGCCCACCUGAUGGGGGGAGUAAACCUAGUUCUCCAAGAGUUGCCAGUAAUGUUGCUGCUCCUUGGGAAGAGAAUCCCCCCCAGAAGAUGACAGACAUCUGCCCAUGGGAAGAUGAUUCACUAACUCCCACUUGGCUCUGAAAGGCUCGCCUGGUGUACCUUAUCUUGCUCGAGAGAAAGUUGCAAGGUGGACACUCCAUUUGUGAAGACCUAUGCAACACUUGGUUACUUGUAGCACCAGUAUCCUGCUCAAGCCAUGAAGGGCCUGAGCUGAGUGAAGGGCAAAAAUAAGCUGUUGUGGAUGUGGCCAUUGCUGUACUUGGCUAAGCAGGAUAGGAAGUGCCAUUUUGUUGGGCUGAACAGGAACAGAGGGACAUUUGUGAGUAGUGUACCUUCACAAGAGAAACCAGUUUGAAGCGACAGGUCUGGACUCAGCGAAGAAACUUGGGGAGGUUUGAUGAGAAUGAUUGGGCUACUUCUGGGUGGUACUUCGUCUGCAGUAUGUCCACCUGAGGCUGAGUGCCCAUAGCUGAGCCCUUGUAAGGCACCGCCAGGUGGGUAUACCCAAGAUGCAGGUAAUAGGAAGGAAGUGAAGAAUUGAUGCUUGAGAAGCAAAAAGCUAACUUGAUUUGGGCACUGGGGAGGAGUGAUGUGAUGCAGCUUAGUUCAUCGUGUGGGGACUGCUAAACAAGUUGUUUCUGAUGACCUCUUGACUUUUUCAUUUUUGUAACAAAGUGCUUGGAUUGCAAUGGCAGAUCAUAUCGAAUUUCAAUUUGUCAAUAUUUGACCUCAAACCACUGAAGUUAAGAUUAUCCGAACCAGCUUGUCAAAAUGAGAGGAUGGGUCAGACCCCCACGACCGUGGCCAUCAGAGCUAGUGAGCUUUACAUCAUCCUUUCCAGCUAUGGAAAAGGUACCUUGAUGGCAAUGAAUAGGCUUCCUGCAGGAUGGUGUAAAGUAAGAGAUGGUAAAGAAUGGAAACCGUAUGGAAACAUUGUAAAGAGGCAUAAUUGAUAUUUGACAGAUAGUGAGAGAGGUUUGCCACUCCCAAAGGGACCUCUGGCCUUUUCAGUGGCCCCAUGGAUAAGAAAGUGAGCUUCAAAAUGUGAGCCCUGUAUUGGAGAAGCACAGCAAGGACAUAGCCAUGACUUCUGUUGCCUUGGUGCAUAUUAUUCAUUUCAUGUGUGACAAAGAUGGUUGAAAUGAAGAUCAAGACUUUAGUGUAACCAUUUAUCCAAGAAACAUGUAAUACCUUGGCAAGGUAUAGUUACAAACUAUGGAAAAAGACUCUUGCAGGUUUUCAUCCUGUAACUUACUGACUUGCGUCUGUGUCAAAGGACAGUCAGUCAGUACCUUGGUCAUAAAACCACUGUCAGAAAAUUCAAGUUGCAUUAGCAUAGCAUUCUUCAGUAUUAGAUAAAAGUGGCACAAAAGUAAACCUAGACAAAAUCAUGAACUUAAUGUAACUUAGAUCACCUAUGUAGACAGGUUAAACAUCAAUAGAGAAGCAUAGACUGUUCUUGUUCAUUCCAGUUACUUUCAUGCUAGGGAUGCGACAGUUGUAGGAGGCUGACUGCUAGGUAUGAGUGUGUAUAUAAUUGUUUCAUGUUGUCUUGAGUCGUAUAUCUGUCUGUGCAUAGCGUCUUCAAAGACACACAAGCGAGAGCACUUGAAAACGGGCUUACACUCUUCAUUGAAAGAUAGUGCAUUCCCCAUGAAUUUUCAGCAAGGGCACUCAAGCGUGGCUCUUGUGUAGUCAAGAAUUCAGUUCUGAUUAAAUAAAACGAAUUAAAAUACCAAAUAGGGAAAAGGUAGUGGAAAUUAUCGCUAUCUGUUUCAUUUUUAUGAUAAAGAUGUUAUUAAAAAAGGAUUUGACAUUUUGUUGCUUUACUAGGUUAGAUCUAUUUCAGGACGAUGAGACGUGUGAAAUAUGCCAGCCAUCCAAGUGCUGACGCCUACCUUGAGACGAACAAGCCCGACUCUCGCCUCUGUGUGUGGUUUAUCAGUGCGCCGUUGCAGACAGGAAAAUGAACCUCUAGCUAAAAUCUCUAUUGUAGUUGAUACUUAGAUUAUUCAUACAGUUGCCAUUAUAUGUAAAUUUACAUAGAAUCCUUUAUUCAUCUUGGAUAAUUAAGGUUGAUCAUGACGUUAAUGUUGAAAAGAAUUAUAUCAACUGCCAUUGCUCCAAUUUGUGCAUUGCAAUAUGAAUGAGAAUGAUAAGUCUGAAGAAUGUUAUUAUUGGUAGUUAUACUGUUUUCACAAACCAUUAAAAUGUAGAUGGCUCAUGUAUUUCUUAAGAUCACUUGACCUUCUUCACCCAUUUGUGUGUGGCCGUAGAGGUCAUAUUCUCGGUGGACCAAGACAUGCAUCAUAUUAGACAAGUUGUGGAAGCGUCGUUAAGACUGGCGAUUUCUGGAACUCAUCGUUCAUUCCAUAUCAAGUAGGAUCCUCUGUGAGAAGUGCAAAAUAUAAGUCACUAAGCUACAAUAUUUUUUCUGACUUAGUUAACACUUCAUACUGUAUUUUCAAUGCGCACUGUAUGUAGAUGCAAUAAUGUUUUUGAAAGACUACAGUUCAAUGAUACUGCUCCAUUAUGAAGUCAGGGGAUCGAUCCUUUACUGUACUUCCUGAAAUCGUCAAACUUUUGAUGCACAUUUUCUUUGCUGUUGUUGCCACCACACGUGAAGCUAUUUUCGAUACAGAUAUGUUUAUAAAAAAUAGACUAUGUAGUAUGUUGCAUUUCCUGUUAUAUUGGCAAAUCUAAUUUAGUGGAGGUAUCUUACACGUCUUGAAAUUCUGCAUCUUCGGUUUCAUGAGCAUCUGCUCCAUGGCAAUGACCUUUUCCGUUCGCCUCCUUCAUCAGAACAUAUCCUAAAUACCUUAAAAAGACAUUGAUUACUUAGAAAUCCUAUCAUUCCUAUUUCUGCUGCUGUUUCCUGUGAACUUUGUUAUCAUGCGUGAUGAGCUGACUCGAGCACAAUGAUUUAUUUCACUGUUGAGGACAAUAGUUCCAGGUCCUGCUCCUUUAGGCAAAGAAGGCUUAUUUUGCUUUUCUAUUGUACAUCGUUUCACCUAUGAAUAAAUUAAGUUACUCAUGUGUACAGUCUUUUAAGUUCCUUUUGCAGUCUUAUCAUAUUGCAGACAAACUCUUUAGGGACCAAAGAAUUUUGUUUUUGAGUCUACAAGUAAUGUCUUUUAAAAAUAUUUCCCCCUUCACCACCGUCUUCAUAAAGCAUUACAAAGUUAGAUACGUCAUACAAAACACAGGUUGCCUUGCAUCUGCCAAAACAGGACAAGACAACAAGAGAACCUAAUAAAAAACACACCUCUAUGAAUUUUCCUUCCUUGUGAGACAAGAAAAGGGCGGGGACUGGCCUUUACAGAAUAUUAGAUGAUGUCGAAUCUUGAGGCAAACCUCCUUAUUACCAGUGGCAUAAGAAGCAGAAAUUCUGUGCAGUGCCAUAUCAAGAAUUUGAGGAGUUGUUACUACCAAGGAACUAUAAACAUGGAAUGGACAUGCGCAUAUAAAUGUAUUGACGCUGAUUGUCACUGCGCGCGCCUUUGAAAAGGGUGGAGAAGACACUGAAUUAAGCUAUUAAAGCAUAGUCUUGCAGACGCUUUUUUCACCCUGUCGUCCUCAAUUUUCCACCGAUUUUAAUAAUUAUAGGCUCAUUGGAAAGUUCUUGAAAAUCCCUUUUAAAUGCAUAUAAUUAAGCGUGUAGAAAAUAGGGCGCUGCAGUGUUUUAAUUAAGUAAAGAUAUCCAGAUGUGCAUUCUACCUAGGUUCGCUUUUUUACUCUACUGUUCCAAAUUUUUUUAUACAAAUUUCAAUAAAUUUAUCAUCUAUUAAAAGCUCUUGAGAAGCAGUUUCCAGUGAUCCCAGUGAAGCAAGUACUAUAUGUCUCAUACAAUAGAAAUAAUCAUGCAUGCCCUGUGCUGAGACUGAGUGAUUCCAUGCCUGUUGAACCCCUUAUAUUUAAUAUCCUUCUAAGUAUCAAAGUCUUUAUACUCUACUUUGCAUUUUAUGCACUACCUAGGUCUUAUCACCUUGCUAUCCAGUCUGUGUCACCUAGGGAUUAGCCAUUUCAUCAUGACACUAUGGACUUGAAUUGUAAUUAUGUUGACUUAUGCUUAUUGCUUACUUAUAUCAGUCAUAAUUACAAAAAGAAACACACUUGUUGAUAUAAAUAAUUUAUUGUUACAGAUCACUUAUUAAUGUCAGUCUUCAUUAUUACAAAAUUUUAAUGGCACUAGAGCCUUUUUGACUAUGUUCAUGGUGAAGGUUGUUUGUCUGCAAAGAAUUACUUCAAGCAAAGGACAUUAACGAUAUUUCCACUGACUUAUUGAUUAGAAACAAAACUAAAUAACAUUAUUUGUCAAAGAAAACGUCAAGAUAUUUUAAUGUAAGACAAAUGUAUAGUAUACACAUCACAUUAUUUCACGGAAAACAAUAAAUAUAAUUAAAGGUCGAAUGAAGCUAUUAUACCAUACAGAAAUGAAAUAUGGGUAAGUAUAAAGGAAUACUUAAUCACCAUUCCGUGUGCUUGUCGCACAUAUCUAUCUUCAUUUACACAAUGAUGAAUAAAAAUGAUGUAAAAUAUUGUCCUAGUUCCUUACCAAUCUCAUUUCUUGAUUGUACGAAAUGCAGAUUACAGUCUUGGCUCGCUCUCAUUCUUGCCUGUAUUUGCACAAUGCUGUGUCAGACAAAAAGUUUUUCAGAUGAGAACCUAAACUUAGACUUGCUUGGAAGUUUCUUUGCAGGAGAAGAAGUAAACAGACCAUAUAAGAUGGACAAGGUACCACUGGAGUACUGAAGGUGAUUUAUGAGAAAGUUAACAAUCACGGGAGGAAGGAGUCAUUCACCACCUGGAUUAAUGCUUCAUGUUAUUCUGCUGUUAGACAAAUCCCUUUGCAAGAAUAGAAGGCAAGUCCCCUAUAAAUAAAUAAAUGAUGUAAUGGUGUGUAAGUUGAGGAACAUGAGAUUGUUUUCAGUCGUAGAAGUCUACAUUAAAGAAUACAAACUUC